AUGAUUAAAGAAAUCCUCCCAGCAUUUUCAAACAGUGAGGUAUCUAGCCGAUAUGAUGUUGUUAACCAGAUAAAUAACAACAACAACAACCCGCCAGAAGAGACAUCUCCUCCAGAUUCAGGUACUAUAGUUUCUAUACCGCUACCUUCCGCCUCGUCUUCCCCUUCUGACUCUGAAAGUUCCGUGCCUGCUCCAGUUCACUCCCCUGGUCCACCCAGUGCUGAUUCAGCUGGUUCCAGUGGCACUGGUGCUACCAGUGCUGAUUCAGCUGGUUCCAGUGGCACUAGUGCUUCCAGUAGUACAGCUAGUCCCGGUGCCACUAGUUCUUCCAGUAGCGCCGGUAGUCCCAGUGGUUCUAGUGUCGUAUCUAGUGAAGGUUCAAGAUCCUUCACUGUUACAACAGUUGAGUCAAUUGAUCUUAGUUCAUUUGCCGCGCCUGCUUCCACUGCAACACAUAUUCCCCCUGUGGUAGCCGAUUCAGCCGAAGGUUCUCAGUCUAAAGAAUUUGAUUCUUCUGAAAGUUGGCCGAAAGGUGAAGAUGGAGGACCGAAAGGCGAUGACACAACUCAUGGAGGCCCCAAAGGUGAAGAUUCAACUGAUGGAGGCCCCAAAGGAGAUGAUACAACUGAAGGAGGCCCAAAAGGCGAAGCUUUAAGCGAAGGAGGCCCUAAAGGUGAGGUUCAAGAACAACAGGGAAGUGGAACUGAAGGCCCUAAGGAAGAAGGAACUAAAGAAGUGUUUCCUAAAAUAGUGUCAACCCCCGAGGAAUCAGAAUAUCUUCGGGAUAAAGAAGAAGAAGAAAAGAAGUUGAGACAAGAACUCGAGACUAAAGAUAAGGCGGAAUUGGUGGACUUGGUAGCUAGGUUUACGAAAGACUUAAACGAUUUGAAGGAGGAGUGCGAAAAGUUGGCACAACAUGUACACAGGCUCAUAAGCCCGUCAGUGUCAAACAAGUACCCCCUGGCGCUCCGGAUUGACCUCAGAGAGAACAACUAUAGAUACUCUUACUUGAGAAGGGGAAAAACUGAAACUUACACUGCUAAAUACGCAUACCUGUUUAAACUAGUUAGACAGCACAGAAGCAUCAUUUGGCACACACUCGACAAGUCGCUCUAUGCGAACAAGGUGCAAAUCAUUAACGAGGAAAGGGCUCUCAUUCAUCACAUAAAUGGAGAGGUGUCUAACAUAACAUUCGAACCCGAGCCUGAAGUGUUUGUCGUAUACUUAAUUGAAGCUAACGUCAAUGUCAAGCACUCAACUCCCGAGAUUAUAUACAAAAUAAAUGAGAAGAAACGUCGUGAAAAAUAUAUAUGCAGAUCUGGGUUCUUAAUUGACAAGAUCUGGAGGAAUUCGAAGGCCGUAUGGCCCCCCGAAGUUAAAGUGGAGGAGGGGAAACCGCCUCCGGAUCCAGUAUACUCGCACAAGGUAGUUAUUGAAACCGAUACUGAAGGGAAACCAAGUAUGAGAGUGUUUUUCCACGAAAGUGAAGAGCCGGAGGACGAUGACGACGAUGAAGCGGACCCUGACUACAAAAUUGUCCCUGAUCCUAAAAGCCCAGAAGUUAGCACAAAGCUUUUCGUGCCGAAGCCGCUUCCACAAGAUGAAGGUGCGCCCACCGAAGCCCAGCAAGACACUAAUAUGCCUCAGCAUUCGGCAAGUGGACUGCAGCCCCUUAAGACUGAAGACUUCCCACCAGAGUUCAAGUUACUUAUGGUCGAUCCUUCUGAUGCCGAGAAGUCGAUCGACAUUCCACAUAACUCGCUUUUGGUCACGAGUCCAUGCAAGGAUGUAUUUAACUACGACAUAAGAGCAGGGACAAAAUGUAACUUGGUCACUUUCGACAACAGUACUGUGUGGAAAUACUACUACGACGUGCACGGGGCCAAGUAUCCGUCGAGGAUCUCGUACAGGCACACACGUAAGGUCUUCGUGUUCCUAUCUGUGCCAUUCGUUUACGAAAGGCAAGCUGAUGGGGAUUGGCUAUGCAGGCCCCUGUUCAUUCGAUUCUACUCGUUUGAUCCGAUAGACAACACGAACAGCGUCGAGAUAAACGCGAGUCAGUACGAGGUGCGUGACAAUAGCGAGAACGACGACCAGUUUAUAUUCGAGUUAAAAAUAGGAGUUCAGUGCAGAGAGAUUAAAUACCACGGUAUUUCUGUAUGGAUACACAAUGAAUCGAAAUAUGGCAAGAACUAUCCCAGGAUAAUUGGUUAUUUAAGAGACACAACCAUCGCCUUAGUAAUUGGACAAUCCAGGUCCCUAAUUGAUCUCUCCGCAGCUAAAAAGCAAGUCCAGGCUCAACAAGCCGCCCAGUCACAUGAAGGUGCUCAAGCUGGUGAUUCAGCUUCAGAAACAAUUGAACAAGUGGAAGGAGCAGAUGGGUCAGGAGAUCAACAAACUCAAGUUUUAGUCUCUGGUAAAGCGAGUGAGGGUGAAGAAGCGAAGGCUACUCCGCCCAAGGCUACUACAACUUUUGAUGAUAUCGUUUUUGUGGACGAAGACGAUGAGGAAGAGGGUAAACCAAAAUCUGAUUCUUCUGACAAAAAUGCUGAAGAAGGUAAACCUAAAACAGAUUCUAGCGACCAAAAAGCUGAAGACGGUAAACAUAAAACAGAUUCUAGUGACCAAAAAACUGAUGUCGGCAAGGAAGCAGAAGCUAGUUCCGAGACGACUGAUAAAGCUAAGGAAUCACCGGCAGUUGAACCCGAAACCGAUAAAGAUAAGCAACCAGAAUCAGGUUCUAAGGAUGCAGAAACAAGUGCCAAGGCCGCAGAGGUCAAGGGUACAGACUCUUGCCCCAAAGAAGCGGGAGUGGCAGACACUGCUAAACAACCAGCGGAUCUUGACAAGCCUAAACCUGUAGCUGAGGCUACCCCAGCAGAACCUAAGACCGAACCUGCCCCGGAAGCCAAAGUAGAGACUCAACCAGAACCUGCCCCGGAAGCCAAACCAGCAGAUGAAGCCGAGCCUAAAGCUCCUCCAGAAUCUACUCCAGCCGCCAAACCAGCAGCUGAAACACCAAUAGCUCAAUCUCCCGAUUUAACAAAAGAAGUCUCUAAGGAGGCUUCUCCUGCUCCAGAACAGACAGCUCAAGCUGAACCAGAAGAAAAGACUAAAACCGAAACUCCUGAAAAAGAACCUGAACAGCCACAGUCCGCCUCCGCUUCCGAGGAACCGACAUCACAAUCAGAAAAGGUUUCUGCUGACACGCAAUCCGCAGAUAAAACAGCACAGGAAUCAGACGAUCGAACCACUUCAACUAAAGUAGACGUCGACGCUUCUAAAGCGACUCCGAGUGCUGACCAAGAUGUAUCGCAAACAGAGGGCGCCAGUGCCACCACACCUGCACAGACGCCCGCAACCUCUGCAACUUCGUCCCCUGAAGACCAGCAACACACUCCUAGCUCACAGCCGCCUUCAGGAACUCCAGACGAACCACAACCGCAGGCCCAAGUUGUCCCAUCGACUCAGGAACGAACUCCAGAUAUUGUGUCCGACGAUGAUAUGCGUCUUCAUGACGCGACUCCUGCUGACCCAAGCGUGAAGCCGUCAGAGCAAACAGCUGCUGCUACACCUGCUGUGGCCACUGCUCAACCAGUUGCUACGCCUGCUCAAGCCACUGCUCAACCAGUUGCUUCACCUGCUGCACCAACAGCCCAGCCAGUUGCUACGCCUGCUACAGCCACUGCCCAACCAGUUGCUACACCCGCCCAACCAGUGGCUACACCUGCUCAACCAGUGGCUACACCUGCUCAACCAGUUGCUACACCUGCUACAGCCACUGCUCAACCUGCGGCACAGGCUCAGCAGCCAGCUGCCACAACAGCAAACGGCCUCGUCCCGCCUCUACAGCCCGGUUACCAGGCUCCCGCUGCUCAAAUUGCAGUGCCAGCACAGCAGCAGCCGGCUCCAGCAGCUCCUCAGACUCCUGCUGCUCAACAGCAAGCUGCUCAGACUCCUGCUGCUCAACAGCAACCAGCUCAGACCGCUGCUCAACAACAGCAACCUGCUCAGGCUACUGCCCAACAACAGCAACCUGCUCAGGCUACUGCUGCUCAGCUUUAUAUAGUUCCCGUUAUGACUGCGCAAGGUACUGUGGUUUAUACUUAUAUGACCAUGCAACAGUAUCAAGCCGCUCUAGCAGCCGCCGGUUAUACUGUUCAGGCAGGUCCUACAGCAACUACAGCUGCUGGUCAACAGGCUCAGGUCGCUGGCGGGUCACAACAGCAAACCGCCCAUACAGCCGGUCAGCAGCAGCAACAGCAAUUUCCUGCAUAUCAGCAACAACAGCAAUACCCGGGAGUCCAACAGCAAGGUGUGGCUCAGCAGUAUCCAGGCGCUCAUACAGCAUACCAGCAGCAGCCAGUUCAUCAUGCUCAAGGUCAACAGGCCCACGCAACUCCCAAAAGGAGUAAAGCUCGGCAUUCUGCCCAGGCACAGCCGGCUCAGGCCGGGCAAACUCAGCUUAGAAACGGAGCUCCACCUCAUUCUUGA